AUGCUUUUCACAAAAAUCAAUCUUCAAACACAUCAGAGAUCUCACACAGGUGAGAAACCAUACACUUGUCCCGAGUGCAGGAAAUGUUUUUCAGUGAAGUCUCAUCUUGACACACAUAGGAGGUUUCACACGGGGGAGAAGCCAUAUUCCUGUACUGAGUGUGGGAAAUGUUUUGUAUUAAAAUCACAUCUUGUCACACAUCAAAGGCUUCACACGGGGGAAAAGCCAUACUCCUGUUAUGAGUGUGGGAAAUGUUUUUUCAGACAAGUCCUUUAUCACAGACAUCAGAGAUUACACACAGGUGAGAAGCCAUAUUCCUGUCCUGAGUGCGGAAAUGUUUUUUCAGAGAAGUUCAGUCUUUACAGACAUCAGAAGUCUCACACAGGGGAAAAGCCAUUUUCUUGCCAUGAGUGUGGGAAAUGUUUUUCACAGAAGUCUACUCUUUACAGACAUCAGAGAGUGCACACAGGGGAGAAGCCGUAUUCCUGUCCUGAGUGUGGGAAAUGUUUUUCAGUGAUGUCUCAUUUUUACAGACAUCAGAGAUCUCACACAGGGGAGAAGCCAUAUUCUUGUCAUGAGUGCGGGAAAUGUUUUUCACAGACGUCCAAUCUUUCCAGACAUCAGAGAUUGCACACGAAGAGUUUCCAUUUUAAAUGUGAUCUUAAUGUGCAUAAAAGAUCUCACACGGGGGAGAAGCCGUAUUCCUGCACUGAGUGCGGGAAAUGUUUUUCACAUAAGUCUAAUCUUUACAAACAUCAGAGAUUGCACACAGGAGAAAAACCUUAUUCCUGUGCUGAGUGUGGGAAAUGUUUUUCACAGAAGUCCAAUCUUAAAAAACAUCAUAUAUCUCACACGGAAUGUUUUUCACGAAAGUCCCAUCUUUCCAGACAUCGGAGAUUGCACACAGGGGAUAAACCACUCUCUUGUACUGAAUGCGGCAAAUGUUUUUCACGGAAAUCCCAUCUUUCCCAUACAUCAGAGAUCUCACACAGGGAUAGGAGGUUUUCCUGUAGUGAGUGCGGGAAAUGUUUCCAUUUUAAAUUUAAUCUUGAUGAGCAUAAAAAAUCUCACACAGAUGAGAAGCCGCAUUUCUGCCCUGAGUGCGGGAAAUGUUUUUCAAAGAAAUCUCAUCUUUCCACACAUCAACGAUCUCAUACAGUACAGAGGCCAUAUUCCUGUCCUGAGUGCGGAAAAUGUUUUGUACUAAAACUACAACUUGUCACACAUCAACUGCAUCACAUGGAGAAAAAGCAGUAUUCCUGUCCUGAGUGCGGGAAAUGCUUUUCAGUGAAGUCCAAUCUUCGCAGACAUCAGAAAUUGCACACUGGGGAGAAGCCGUAUUCCUGUUCUGAGUGUGGAAAAUGUUUUGUGCAAAAAUCAGAACUUGUCAUACAUCAAAGAUGUCACACGGGGGAAAAGCCAUACUCUUGUCCUGAGUGUGGGAAAUGUUUUCUAGGGCAUUCCAGUCUUUACAAACAUAAGAAGUGUCACACGGGAGAAAAGCCAUAUUCCUGUCCUGAGUGCGGGAAAUGUUUUUCACAGACGUCCAAUCUUUACAGACAUCAGAGAUCUCACACGGGCAGAAAAGCCAGUUUCCUGUCCUGA